UCCGAGCAGCCCGCGCUGCCCGCCCCUGCACCGCCCCUCGCAGGGCGAUGUUUCCGCUUCCCGGGGCGGCCGCCGCCGAUGGGCUCCGCUUCCCUUCCCCUUGAGCCGCAGCGGCCAUGGCUAGUUACACCAAGGCUGCCCAGCAAUGGGCUACUUUUGCCAGAGCUUGGUAUCUCCUAGAUGCGAAGAUGCAACCACCAGGAAAAAUAGCAGCUGCGACUGUAAUCAGACUUGAAGGCAGGCAUAAACCUAUUUAUCAUGCACUAAGUGACUGCGGAGAUCACGUUGUCAUAAUAAAUACAAGACACAUUGCUUUUUCUGGUAACAAAUGGGAGCAAAAAGUAUACUCUUCGCAUACUGGUUAUCCUGGCGGUUUCAAACAGGUGACAGCAACUCAGCUCCAUUUGAAGGAUCCAACUGCUAUCGUCAAACUAGCUGUUUAUAGAAUGCUUCCAAAAAACCUGCAGAGAAGAACUAUGAUGCAGAGGUUGCACCUGUUCCCAGAAGAUGUUAUCCCAGAAGAUAUAGAGAAGAACCUUCUACAAGAGAUUCCUCAGCCACGUGCAGUCCCCAGGAGGUUAGAUGAAUAUACACCAGAAGAAAUUGCUGCCUUUCCUAGGGUUUGGACUCCACCUAAAGAUUUUCGAAGGAAGUAAUAAAAGGAGAACGAUUGCUAUCAGGAAUGUGUCUCCUCCUUGAAAAGGAAUUCUUCUGACAUGGAAGAAGACACAUCUGUGCAUCCCAGUUAUCCAUUCUAGACCAAGUAUUUUUGGAAGGUACUAGCAAAAUUUAUUAGGAAAGAUUAUAAAGAUUAUUGUAUUUGAAACAGUUAAGAAUGGCUAUUACACUGUUAAUAUCACCUGUAUUUUGUGUUGUAUGAUCCGUUAUUUGUUAAUUAAAUGGGUUUUAUUACUGUUGUUAAAGAACUGCUUUUUUUUUUAAAAUUCACAUCUCACGGAAAAUACCACCUUGUUUCUUGAAAUGAGAUUUCUCACUCUAUAAGUUGCAAAACCUGAUUUUCGCCCAGUAAGGAUAGUGAAUAAUUAUGAAUUGAAAACCAGUGGCUUGACCUGUUUAACCUGUUAUUUCUGUAGAAGUGAUCUUGCACAGUUUUUCUGAAAGCUUUUCUAGACCCUGGAGUGUAAAGUAGCAUGAAAUUAAUGUGGAGAUUUUGCUGAAUGUGCAUCUCUGCAGUUUCCGUAUCUUUUUAGGUGAAUAUGCCCACUGAAAAUAUUGUUGUGGUGGUGAGCAUAAAUCAAACUUCUUCUGGAGCCAAACUCCAUUGAAAAAUAAAAAAGCAACAUUAGACUUCAAAGAAGGCAGUGCACAUAUCCAAAUAUGUGUGCACAUUGUAGUCCCGUUAGAUGUAAGAAAUCUAUUAAAAUAUGUAUCUUGGAAUGA